AAAAGUCAGAUUUUACGGUAACACUCCGAAUCAAUUUUCACAAAAUAAAUAUUUUAUUUAUUUGUUUAGAAAAUUAGCGAAAAAGCGUACUCUGAUUUCAGUAAAAAGGCAGGGUGUUACAAUUGGUAUCAGAGCACGUUUCUGCGUCUCUGAAAAGUUUUUACGAGUCGGAAUAUUUUCAGAAAACCUGAACCGUCUCGCUGACGCCUCGCCUACUACAGGUAAGUUCAGAAUAUUCUUCAUGUGUUCAAUAAUGUUGAACUUUUUCAAUGAUCAGAUGUUGCCCCGUAGGGAACCCGAUCAUCCGGUUCUUCCCCAGGCCACAGUAGUCGCACAGUUCCGCGACUAUCAUACUGAGAAAUUCUCUGGGCAGGGAGACCCACGUAUCGUGGACGAGUGGAUUAAGGGCCUUGAGUUGAUCUUCGAGGUCAUGGAUUGUCACGACAGAUAUCGUGUAAUCUGCGCUCAGCUUCAGCUAACCGGCGAUGCCCGGCUCUGGUGGAAUGCCUACUGGAGCAUGCGUCCCGGUGAGAAGGCGGGAUGUACAUGGGAUAAGCUUAAGGAGCUGAUCCGCGAAAAGUACUACCCCACCUACUACAGAGCAAAGAUGGAGCGUCAGUUCCUGUCGCUCAAGCAGGGUAGUCGUUCUGUAGACGAGUACGAGAGAGAGUUCACCAGACUUGCAGCUUUUGUUCCGGACCUGGUUCGUACGGAGGCACAGAGAGCACAGCGCUUCAUCGACGGGCUUUACCCAGCAGUCCGUCACAAUAUUGUAG